ACUGGUCCAAAUACCGAAUUUCUCAUGGAUAAAUUGUCCACAGUUUUUCAUAACCGUGGAGCCAGUGGAAUUCCAGUAUAUGAAAUUCUUCCUGAUCUAUUUCAAAAUAAUGAUGAUCUUAUUGAAUUUCGCCGCGAGGAUAAAUUUGUGAAAUACUGUGACAUCCAAUUAGCAAUUCCAGAGUUUACAUACGUGUUUAGUACUUUAAAGAAUAUGAUAUUGGAAUUUACCAGUAUGAGUUCUGCUAAAUAUGACGAAAUACUCUCGUGCGCAUGCAAGGAACUCCUGAAAUAUAAAACAUCAUUUCAUGUGACAAGGUUUUAUGCCCAAAAACGAACGAAGGAACUUCAAAUUAUCUGA